UGAAACACCAGAUAAUGAUAAUUCAUAGUUCGUACUGAACCUGGAAUAUCGACUAAGAGGCAGAUUUAAACUAAAAAGACCGUCCCAGAAUGUCUCGAGCCAAAGCCAAAAUUUACGUCGAUGGUUUUGUUAAGCCUGGGUUUGAGAAGAUCCUGCAGACCUUUAGAUACAAUCUCGAACAAGGACUGGAGAGAGGAGGAGCAUUUGCUGCCUAUUACAAAGGAGAGCUAGUUGCAAACGUUUGGGGUGGAACUGCUGAUGGCAAGUCUGGAGUUUUAUGGAAAAAGGAUUCUCUCCCUUGUUUUUACUCGACAACAAAGUCAAUGUCUGCUGUUGUUAUAGCACACAUGGUCGACAAAGGAUUGCUAAAUUAUGCAGAGAAAGUUAAAACCUACUGGCCUGAGUUUGCUCAGAAUGGAAAAGAAGGUGUUUCACUGGAGCAACUGAUAAGCAAUCAGGCUGGUGUUGCUGCCUGUGACGAAAAGUUCCAGAUGGCCAUGAUUCAGAGUAAUCCUGAUAAACUGGGUGAAAUCUUAGCCAAGCAGAGGCCUUUGUGGAAACCAGGAACCAACCACGGUUACCACCCAAUCACAUUUGCUCUGUACUUAGACCAGAUUGUUAGACGUGUCGACCCCAAAAAAAGAAGUCUUGGAAUAUAUUUCAAAGAAGAAAUAGCUGAUCCAUUUGAUUUAGAAUUUUACAUUGGGCUUCCAAAGGCAUUGUUCUACCGGGCACCAAGAGUUGUGAUGAUGAAGAAGUUUGAUGUUGCUGAAUACAUCGCAAAUUUUAAAGGAGAUAUUGAGAUUUUAAAUAAAACAUCUGACAAUCCAUCAGAUUUCCGCACUGUACGCCGUAUGAAUGACCCAGACAUUCGCUGCCUUCCUGUUGGGUCUGUGUGUGGCCAUGGCACAGCUGAAGCUGUUGCCAAAUUUCACGGUAUCCUUGGCAAUGGAGGAAUGCACGACGGCAAGAGGAUGCUGUCACAGGAGGCCAUCAGGAGGAUCCAGGAAAUGAAGGUUGGAGGUUUUGACCUCUCUUUCAGUAUGGACGGGAUGUGGAGUCUGGGCACAAUGGUGUUUCCCGUCUUUGAAGAUGGAAAGAUGACGAUGAUGUUUGGACAUGGAGGUUAUGGAGGACAGAUGGGGUUGGCAGACUCUCACUACAAGGUCGGGCUAGCGUAUGCCACCAACCACUUAGAUCCCACAUCCAGGGCUGGGGCUGAUGCUGACAAAAGAUGGCCGUCUCUCUACCACACACUGUAUGAAUGUAUACACAAGAUCGAGAAUGUGAAAGUCAAUCGCAAAACUCUUUACCAAUUUAAUGAUUAUAAAAAUUAUACUGCGAGCAAGCUGUGAUAAAGUUGGGUAAUUUCGAGAAAUAUUGGAAUUUCUCAAGAGAAAAUUGGUCUUCCUAUCAAGAGUUUGUCAAGAGUGACUGGUUGUCAAUUUGAAUACAUGAUAAGUUUGAAAUAUUUGGUCAAGAUUCAUGAAAGAAUCUAGACUCAGUUUGAAGACUGUUGUUUAUCAUUUGGUCCAACCUUACCUAACAGAAUUACGUAAAAUGUGAUUAUGUGACAUUUGGUGUUAACAUUUGUAAGCCUUCAUCAUGUAACUGUAGUGUUGUAACUGACCAUGUUAUCACUCCACCUCUCUAUCACUAUGUCAUACUCAUGUUUCUGCUCAAGUACUCAGGAGGGAUUGAGGUGCGUAACUGAAAUUUGGUAUGUUAGUGUGUAAUGACAUGUAGAAGUCUUAUUUGGUUCAGGUCAACCUACGAUUUCCAGAGUUAUGGCCCUUACAGUUUGAAAAUUUCAUAAAAAAUAUCGGGAUCCACUUAUUUUCUCAGAGUUCAGGAUUUAGAUGUGAACUCAAUUUGAAAUGGAGUUGUUUUGUUUCAAGAUGAAAUUGAAGUCAAAUUCAUAUUAAGAUUUGGUCCAUUUCUAUUUUCUAGAUUUUAAGACUCAAUUAAACUGAGAAAAAUUGCGAAAUGUCAAUUGCUCCUCGUUUUUUUCUGAAAAUAAGUACAUUGCACAUACAUAUAUACCAGUUAGUUGUAUUGUUUACAUCAGCAUGUCAUCUUGUCAUAAACUUUAGUAAUCAGACUUGCUCAACAGAUGUCUGAUACUCUCUUAAAAGUCAUGAGAAUUGUUUUUAAUGCAAAUAACACUACAAAGCUCUGUUAAUCUCAUCUUGUUGCCAGCAGGGAAAUUUGUGUCACCGACACAUCUAUCUUAUUCUAAAAAAUUAAAAAAAAAAUUCUAUAGGCAAUGAUUUUUGGCUGGUUGAAAGUUUCUUCAAAGGUCAAUGUUAAAGGUGUCAAGGAGACUUUGACAUACUUUACUGGUUGCGAGGGGUCAAAUAAUGUAACCAGAGAACCUUGUACUAAACCUUAUACAUGUAGUUGGACUAUCUGUCUGGAGAGACAAGCAGGUGUGAUUCAUGUUGCAAAUCAUAUGUAUUUAUGUGAUAUUCUAGUCAGAUAUAUGGUGCUUUAAUUCUCAGGAAAGCAGAAGUAAUUGUUUGAUAUAUAAACUUAUACUAAUCACUCUUCUUGGCCCGUAUGUAAGCAUGCGAGGGGUCUUAUUGUGGGAGGAAAACGGAGUACCCGGGGGAAAAUCACAUGCAUCAGUAAUGUGUACCAGUACUUUUCCAAUAUAACAACGAAUGCAUUCUAAAAUAUUUCCUUUUAUGGGCAUUCAAAUAUCAUGUUAGUCAUAUUUAUAUGAAAUCCAAGUCAUGAUUAAAAAUUUUUAAUUUCAAUUUUUCUUUUUAAA